GUGUUUUUGUUGCUGUUGGUUCCCACUCUGGGUUCAGAAUGCCUCACACAGGUAAACCGGUGGUCAUCCCUCCAGAGCUCCCCGGCAUUCUGAAGCAGUUCACCAAGGACGCCAUCCGGACCCAACCUGAAGACCUGCUGGAAUGGGCCACACUGUGAGUAGCAUGAAGUUACCCCUAGCCACUGAUCUAAGGUCAGUUUAGUGUUGUAGCAUCUGAAAGGAGUAGGAUGAAGUUACCCGAGCCACUGAUCUAAGGUCAGUUUAGUAUUGUAGCAUCUGAGAGGAGAAGGAUGAAGUUGGCCGUAGACCUCGUUUGCUUCCCAAAUGGAACACUAUUCCCUACAUAGUGCACUACUUUUGACCAGGGCCCAUUGGGGACGAAGCCCACUGAUCUAAGGUCAGUUGUAGCUGAACUGUGUGGAAUAUACAGUGCCUUCGGAAAGCAUUCAGACCCCUUUUCCACAUUUUGUUACAUUAGAGCCUUAUUCUAAAAUGUAUUAAAUAAAUAAAAAUCUUUAGCAAUCUACACACAAUACCCCAUAAUGAUAAAGCGAAAACAGGUUUUUAGAAAUGUUUGCUAAUAUAUUACAAAUAAAAAACAGAAAAACCUUAUUUACAUAAGUAUUCAGACCCUUUGCUAUGAGACUCAAAAUUGAGCUCAGGUGCAUCCUAUUUCCAUUGGUCAUCCUUGAGAUGUUUCUACAACUUGAUUGGAGUCCACCUGUGGUAAAUUCAAUUGAUUGGACAUGAUUUAGAAAGGCACACACCUGCCUAUAUAAGGUCUCUGGGGCGGCGCACAAUUGGCCCAGCGUUGUCCAGGGUAGGGGAGGGAAUGGCCGGCAUGGGAUGUAGCUCAGUUGGUAGAGCAUGGCGUUUGCAACGCCAGGGUUGUGGGUUCGUUUCCCACGGGGGGCCAGUAUGAAAAAAAAAAAAAAAAAAAAAAAUGUAUGCACUCACUAACUGUAAGUCGCUCUGGAUAAGAGCGUCUGUUAAAUGACUAAAAUGUAAAAAUGUCUCACAGUUGACAGUACAUGUCAGAGCAAAACCAAGCCAUGAGGUCGAAGGAAUUGUCCGUAGAGCUCCGAGACAGGAUUGUGUCGAGGCACAGAUCUGGGGGAAGGGUACCAAAACAUUUCUGCAGCAUUGAAGGUCCCCAAGAACUAAGUAGCCUCCAUCAUUCUUAAAUGGAAGAAGUUUGGAACCACCAAGACUCUUCCUAGAGCUGGCCGCCCGGCCAAACUGAGCAAUCGGGGAAGAAGGACCUUGGUCAGGGAGGAGACCAAGAACCCGAUGGUCACUCUGACAGAGCUCUAGAGUUCCUCUGUGAAGAUGGGAGAAUCUUCCAGAAGGACAACCAUCUCUGCAGCACUCCACCAAUCAGGCCAGACGGAAGCCACUCCUCAGUAAAAGGCACAUGACAGCCCGCUUGGAGUUUGCCAAAAGGCACCUAAAGACUCUCAGAACAUGAGAAACAAGAUUCUCUGGUCUGAUGAAACCGAUAUUGAACUCUUUGUCCUGAAUACCAAGCAUCACUUCUGGAGGAAACCUGGCACCAUCCCUACGGUGAAGCAUCAGGUUGGCAGCAUCAUGCUUUGGGGAUGUUUUUCAGCAGCAGGGACUGGGAGACUAGUCAGGAUCAAGGGAAAGAUGAACGGAGCAAAGUACAGAGAGAUCCUUGAUGAAAACCUACUUCAGAGCGCUCAGGACCUCAGACUGGGGUUGAAGGUUCACCUUCCAACAGGACAACGACCCUGUCUCUGAAUGUCCUUGAGUGGCCCAGGCAGAGCCAGGACUUGAACCUAAUCGAACAUCUUUGACAGAGCUUGAGAGGAUCUGCAGAGAAGAAUGGGCGAAACUCCCCAAAUACAGGUGUGUCAAGCUUGUAGCGUCAUACCCAAGAAGACUCGAGGCUGUAAUCGCUGCCAAAGGUGCUUCAACAAAGUACUGAGUAAAGGGUCUGAAUACUUAUGUAAAUGUAAUAUUUCCAUUUUUAUUUUUUAUUUUUUGUUUUAAAAAAUCCCAAAACCUGUUUUUGUGUGUAGAUUGAUGAAGAAAAAAAAACAAUUUAAUCAAGUUUAGAAUAAGGCUGUAACAUAACAACAUGUGGAAAAAGUCAAGGAGUCUGAAUACUUUCCGAAUGCACUGUAUACCUGCAUACAUACACUACAGUCCUCCAAGACCAGGAUUCCUGCUCUGCUGUAUUAAAGCCCAGUAUUGUGCUGGUAUGCAUGUCUGCUACAGGUACUUCAGUGCUCUGGUCCACGGGCAGCCGUUACCUGUGAACAGGACAGCAGACAAAGUGGUAACCCCCAACACCAUGGACCUUACACCUGAGAUACUCACCACAAUGCACGAAAAGGUAAGGGGUCACACACACACCACCUAGACACACACAUGCAUGACUCACACGCGCACACACGCACACGUAAACGUGAACUCUCUCUCCCUCUCCCUACCCCCUUCUCUCCCUCUCUCCUUCCCCCUCCCAGCUGUAUAAGAAAGGCACAGUCAGUAAGACGGAGGUGAGCAAGCUGUGGCAGUCGUUCGGAUUGGCUGACGACCUUCUCAGACACAUCAUGACAGUGGGCUGCUUCGGAGACGAACUCGACUGGAUCAAAUUCUUCGCCCUGGGCUGCAGCUACCUGGGAGGAGUAUGUAUGAUAUUGCACACGCAUGCAAGCACGUACUCACACAUGCACAUUGCACACACACACACACUUACUAACGUACAGACAUUAUCCAAUUACUUUUGGGCCCCUGUUAUCUUGGUGACCUCUGACCUCUCUCUGGCAGACGAUCAAGAAUGCCAUGACCCACGCACUGUAUAUCCUGAACUCAGACAGCUCGUGUAAGCCCCCAGACGCCUGUGUGACCUUCGAGACCUUCCGUUUCCUUUACUCCUACCUGGCUGCAGUGGACAGAGAGGUGUCCCAGGCCCAGAUAGACCGAACCAUCACCUACUUGGAGGCUCAGGCGUGAGUUACACAACAACUACACAGCUACACAACAACUACACAGCUACACAACAACUACACAGUUACACAACAACUACACAGCUACACAACAACUACACCACUACACAACAACUACACCACUACACAGCUACACAACAACUACACAGCUACACAACAACUAAACAAACUACACAACUACAAAACAACUAUACAGCUACAAAACAACUACAGAACAACUACACAACUACAUAACAACACAGCUACAAAACAACUACACAGCUACAAAACAACUACACAGCUACAAAACAACUACACAGCUACAAAACAACUACACAGCAGCUAA